AUGGCAUCUUUGAGACUAACUUUUAUGGUGGUUACGACCAUUGUGAUCGCAUGUAUGCAUUUUCCCACAACGUUGGCUGUAACUUCCUAUGUAGUAGGUGGUGCCAAAGGGUGGUCUAUGCCUCCAAAACCCAACCAUUAUGAAGCAUGGACCGAAGGAAAGAAAUUCAUCAAAGGCGAUCGCUUUUAUUGGGUGUUUAAAGAAGGAAAACAUAAUGUUGGAGAAGUAUCAUCAAAGGAGGCGUACGACACAUGCAACACCACCGCUCUUAUCCCGCCCCUUAUUGAAAAAGUUGAUGGCAGCUUUCUAUUCCUUUAUGAAGCUAAAAUUUACUAUUUCAUUUGCACAAUUCAUUGUUCAAAGGGUAUGAAAGUAGCCAUCGAUAUCAAAGAGUCAUAG